AUGGCGACUGCCGAUGUCGCUUGGUUGAUCUUUAGGAACAACUCUUCUACUAUGUUGAAGAGGAGUAGACAGAACACGUCUCUUGAACUCAACCUUAAGAGCCGCAACUCUUCCCGUUACAAUGGUCUCAUUCAUCGCGAGACAGUUGGGGUUGAACCCACAAAAGAUGGCAAAGGUGUUGUGUUGGUUACUCGCAGAACUAAAGACCAGAACAAGUCCAGCAAAAGUCUUACUAGAGUUGAGCUAAAUAAGGGCCCAAGACGUACAAUCGCAUCCAUUCGUGCCAUCUUGCGAGCCAACAACUAUAGAAAGGAUUUGAUUAACCUAACUGUUAGAAGAACCUGUGCUAUUCUGAAAAGUCAGAAGCCUGUUGUAAUUAAAAGAAAAAAAAAAAAAAAGAGUAACUCUAUGGGCCAUUAA